AUGUCAAACGCUUGGGAGGAUGUAUGGGGAUCAGACAGCGAUGCUGAGGUUGAGCAGUCGCCGGAUUUGCUAAAAUUAAGAGAUGAACACAGCAAAAGAGGGUAUUUGGAUGGGAUUGUAAGUUCCAAAGAAGACAAUCUGCAACAAGGUUUCAAUGACGGCUUUCCCACUGGGGCUCAAUUAGGUAAGCAAGUUGGCACAAUUAUAGGGAUCUUACUUGGCUUGCAGGCGCGCUUUGGUGAUGAAGAUGAAGAUCUCAGGAAGGCUUACAUUAACGCUCAAAAAGAAUUACAAAUCAAUAAAGUGCUCAGCAAAUCAAUAUUUGAUCCGAAUUUUGAUUUGCAUGAAAAACAUCCAGUCAUAAUCAAGUGGACUGAAAUUGCCAACGUUUAUUGUAAAAAAUAUCAUGUAGCUUCUAUUUAA